AGUUGUUCAUCAGCAUAUACUAGCAAUUAUUGAAACAAUAUUAGUUAAUACUGCAUUUGCCGGUUUUAAUUGAACGGAGGAACUAUAUAGUGAAGGCGGUGGGAUAUUUGUUCUAAAAUCCCAGCCUGCUCUACCUUCUUUUUUUCCUUCAGUGGAGGCCAUGAUGGGAGCCUGAGAGUUCAGCUGGAGCGAGAGGAACGAGAGGAACGAGAAAAGAAGAUGAUUCCCCGGGACGGAACUGUCAAACCAAUCUGUGCAGAUUUCUGAUCUUUGUAUAGUCUAUAUACAUUUAAGGUGGAGCCUGUCACUUUUUUUCAGAUGUGUUCUUGGCAAUCAGUCGAUGACAAUGUUGAAUCGUUAGGAGGUUUUUGGAUCGAAAAAGGAGGUAGCAUUAGCUAUUGUUGCUAGCUAGCUGCGCGGCAGCUAGUUAGCUAGCUAGCGAGCUAGCUACGUCUGAGUGACUGGAUACGGGUUUCGGGAACCGGUGAGUUCUCUAUUCUCUCGCUGUCAGUCGCGGCGGGUUGGACCGUGUCUGGCAUCCAAAGGUCUUCUGAGGACUACUGCAUGUAUUUUAUUCGGGGGUAUUUGCAAGACGAAUUGCAGGAUUGGGAAAGUCGGGCCUGCACGGAGGAGCAGAGCAAGGCCCGUCUUUAUGAUCCAGAGGAAGCCUUUCUAAUCCUACCGACAGCCACUGCUAACUCUGCUGGCUAGCACGUCUCUGCGAGGACCUGCAAAAUUCAGAGAGCAGCCAGCGACCGAGAGCAGGACUUCGACAUACACGACCAGACAGCCAAUACUAGAAAAACCUGUUUUCAUCAUUUACCCCAUAUAGACUCCUGUCACCUGCUACAAUGGCUGCUAUUAUAAAAGAAAUGGUCAGUCGGAACAAAAGGAGAUAUCAAGAGGAUGGGUUCGACCUGGACUUAACAUAUAUCUACCCAAACAUCAUUGCUAUGGGCUUUCCAGCAGAGAGACUCGAAGGCGUGUACAGAAACAAUAUAGACGAUGUAGUACGGUUUUUGGAUUCAAAGCAUAAAAACCAUUACAAAAUCUACAACCUCUGCGCAGAAAGACACUACGAUGCUGCCAAAUUUAACUGCAGAGUUGCACAGUACCCCUUCGAAGACCACAACCCUCCUCAGCUGGAGCUAAUUAAGCCGUUUUGUGAAGACCUGGACCAGUGGCUCAGCGAGGAUGACAAUCACGUGGCGGCCAUCCACUGUAAGGCCGGAAAGGGCCGCACUGGAGUCAUGAUCUGCGCCUAUCUCCUCCAUCGCGGCAAAUUCCUGGAGGCCCAAGAAGCGCUUGACUUUUACGGUGAAGUCAGGACAAGGGACAAGAAGGGAGUAACAAUCCCGAGCCAGCGCCGCUACGUCUACUACUACAGCUACCUACUGAAGAACCAGCUAGAGUACAAGCCGGUGGCGCUCCUCUUCCACAAAAUGGUGUUUGAGACUCUCCCUAUGUUCAGCGGGGGCACCUGCAGGGACAGUACCGUUAAGAACAGGAGCGAGCCAACCCCUCAGGGCUUCAAGAAAGGGAAUUGGCAUUGGGAUCCCCAGUUUGUGGUGUACCAGCUAAAAGUGAAGAUUCACACGUCGAACCCUGCUCACACGCGGCGUGAGGACAAGCACAUGUUUUUUGAAUUCCCCCAGCCGCUGCCAGUUUGUGGAGACAUCAAAGUGGAGUUCUUCCAUAAACAGAAUAAGAUGAUGAAGAAGGACAAAAUGUUCCACUUCUGGGUGAACACCUUCUUCAUCCCUGGACCAGAGGAGAGCGGCGACAAGAUAGAGAACGGGGCGGUGAACAAUGCAGAGAGCCAGCAGGGGGUACCGGCACUGGGCCAGGGCCAGCCGCAGAGCGCCGAGUGCAGGGACAGCUGCAGGGAAAGCGGCAGGGAAAGCGACAGGGACAGGGACUACCUCAUCCUGACGCUCACUAAAAACGACUUGGACAAGGCCAACAAAGACAAAGCUAACCGCUACUUCUCACCAAACUUCAAGGUGAAGUUGUAUUUUACGAAAACCGUGGAGGAGCCUUCGAAUUCUGAAGCAAGCACUUCAACAUCCGUCACCCCGGACGUUAGCGACAAUGAGCCAGACCAUUAUCGAUACUCUGACACCACUGACUCUGAUCCGGAAAAUGAACCUUUUGAUGAAGAGCAGCACACGCAAAUCACAAAAGUGUGAACUCUUUUUAAACAGGAAAAGAAGAAACUAUACACCAGAAAAAAAAGGAGAAAACUUGAAUAUAAACUCAAAAGAAGAACCUUUUGUCCCUUCCCUCCCCCAGACGGCAAUAGAGUAUCAUCAUGUCAAAUGCCAAUUUUAGGGAAAAAAAGAUAAAUAUCCUGACCAAUAUAUUGUUUUUAUUUUUUUUUUUUUUCUUUGGCACGCCCAUGUACCAUGUUUGAGGUAUUGACACUGUUGCCCCAUGGGAAAAGGUGCUGUAGCAUAUAUAUAUAUAUAUAUAUAUAUAUAUAUAUAUAUAUAUAUAUAUAUAUAUAUAUAUAUAUAUAUAUAUAUAUAUAUAUAUAUAUAUAUAUAUAUAUAUAUAUAUAUAUAUAUAUAUAUAUAUAUAUAUAAAAAAACAAAAAAAUCUCAAACAAACUUUUUUUGUGUCAAAGACAAUGGAAAGAGUACCACAAUCAGGAGACGGGAGUUGAAGUGUGGGAGAAGUUAGAAUGAUAUACUAGGACUAUGCUGCUCCUUCUCCUGUCUAAACAAAGGCCAGUGCUGCAGUCACUUUGUUUUCACUCCCUCUCUUCUCCUCCCCCCUUGCUCCUCAUCUUUUACUCUCCCUCCUUCCCCUCCAUCUUAUACUCCUUUACUGUGAAUGCUUCUUGUGCUCUUUGCAGGCUGUCUCACGUGACUUUUGGUCUUUGUGCAGUGCAAACUGCAUGCGGGCAGUGGGUUGGGGGUGGGCGGGGUUUUGAAGAGGCUGUGAUGAUGUCUAAAGCAUUGCCAUUCCUGUUCCCACUGUGUAUACGUUAAAUUAUGCAGAACAAGGCAUCCCAUGUAAUUGUUAAUGUUUUUUUUAUCCUAAGAUAAUAAAAGUAUAAUACACAAAACAGCAGGGAGACAAGUGUUUGCAAUAAUGUCAACACUACAUUUAAAGGACAAUGGUGAUUUGCAUGUAUUGGAAUUGGCGUCCAUCCCUAAUAAAUGUAUGCAAUGUUGUCUUUUCUUAAAGAAA